GCAGCUUACAUUUACCCACGUCUGUUGUCCCUUAUUGUGUCGGAGGUUUAAAUACUCAAUUACGUGCUCGAGUCUGUCUGAAACUGAAAAUCCGUCAAUUACCGGAAGACCAGCUGACCAAAGCGAUUUGCCGGAGUGUCUAUUUUGAGAAGGAAAAGUAAAUUAAAACAUGAGUAUUUGGGUACUUCAUCUGCUGCCUAAUUGUCUCGCCUAUCCUCAAUUGCAAUUACAAACCAGGAGGAAGCAAAUUCCUUCUAUUUGGAGAAAACCCAUCUUGAAAUCUUUCCCAUUUUUAGCCUCUGCUUCUUCUGCUUCUUUUCCACCUGCUGAAUAUCCAGUUAAUCCAGAACAACUACCUGAGACAAGGCCAAAGCGGAAAAAGCAGAUAGCAGGAAUAGAUCAAGAUGAAUUACAAGAUCCAGCUCUUCUAGCAGAUCCUGAUAGUUGCUUUUGCGAGUUUAAAGGAGUACAGAUACACCACAAGAUAUAUGAUUCAGAAUCACUUGCUACAAACUUGUCAGAAGAAGGGGAUAGUUCUCGAUCUCCUAAUGCCAAUAAGAAAGUGAACAUUCCCAUGAUAUUGUUACAUGGAUUUGGUGCCUCUAUUUAUUCAUGGAACCGAGUUAUGAAGCCAUUGGCACAGGUCACAGGAUCAAAAAUUUUGGCCUUUGAUAGACCAGCCUUUGGGUUGACUUCAAGGCUGAAUCAUGUCAACCAUUCAUCUCAGGGAAGUGAAGACACCAGACCCCUUAAUCCUUACUCUAUGGUAUUUUCCGUGCUGGCUACUCUAUACUUCAUUGACUUCUUAGCAACUGAGAAGGCAAUUCUAGUGGGACACUCAGCUGGUUCCCUUGUAGCAGUUGAAGCAUAUUUUGAAGCACCUGAGCGGGUUGCUGCCAUUAUACUUGUUGGGCCAGCAAUUCUAGCACCCCUGAAUUCAGGGCCUGUAGCUAAGGACAAUCCAAGUGGAAAAAGUAACCAGACUGAAGGCGAUGACUUGGAAGUGAACUCUAAUGGGAAUUGGUUUACCACGGUUGUCAGCAUUUUGUCAAAGUUAUCCCAAUAUCUUGGACGAGCAAUAAUGCGAUUGGUGAAAGGGAUGGGAGACAUGAUAAAUUAUUUAUAUAAGAAAGCUUUAUCUACGUUCUUGCGUUCUACCAUUGGUAUUAUGUUGGUAAGAAUGAUAAUUGAUAAGUUUGGCUUAGCUGCUGUUAGGAAUUCUUGGUAUGAUCCUAAACAAGUUGAUGAUCAUGUCUUGCAAGGGUAUACAAAGCCUCUCAGAGCAAAAGAUUGGGAUAGGGCUCUGGUGGAGUAUACCGUGGCUAUGCUUACAGAUUCUGCAUCUGAAUCAAAGCCACCACUGUCAAAGAGACUGCGCGAAAUAUCAUGUCCUGUUCUGAUUGUCACUGGUGAUAGCGAUCGGCUUGUUCCACCAUGGAACUCUGAAAGACUUUCACGGGCCAUUCCUGGAUCUUGUCUUGAAAUAAUCAAGAAUUGUGGCCACUUGCCCCAUGAAGAAAAGGUGGAAGAAUUUGUAUCCAUUGUUGACAGAUUCCUUGAAAGAGUUUUUGGGCUGCGAAAAGAGCCUCAUCUGCAACCAGCAACAUGAGACUGAUAUUUUUUCUAGUUCAACUUGGCCAGGAUUGACUCAUAUUGGUGACUGGUGAACUUUAAGUUUGAGACAAGAGUUGCCUACUCAAGGUCAUAUAGAAUUUAAAGGAAAACUUUAUAGCUCUUUGUCAAUGUUAUCAAUCCUAUGAACACCUAUAGGUAGCUGCUAAUUUGUGCAGGUAAACAUCUAUUUCUUGAUCAUCCUUGAGACUAUGACAAAGUACUAUGAUGUAAUACAAUACAUGUAUAUUGAGACUUGUAAAAUUGUACUUCAGUUUAUUCCA